UCAUUAUGGUAGAAAUUUGUGCAGAUUUUUUAUUAUUAUCAUCACCGAGUUAUAAAAAAAUAACUCACUCAAAUUCACUCACUAGCAAUGCAUUUUUAGUACAAGAAAAAUCUAGUUGAACUCUUAAAGAAGAAAUGUUUAAGAAUCAGCUCCAAGAACUAGCACAGAGAAGCUGUUUUAAUCUUCCAUGUUAUGCAUGCAUUAGAGAAGGGCCUGAUCAUGCACCAAGAUUCAAAGCUUCCGUUAACUUUAACGGUGAGAUUUUUGAAUGUUUGAGUUACUGUAAUACUUUAAGACAAGCUGAACAUGCAGCUGCUGAAGUUGCUCUUAAUGUUCUGUCUUCAAGAGGCCCUUCAAGAUCUUUAACUGCAAGAAUUCUCGAUGAGACUGGAAUUUAUAAGAAUCUUCUGCAAGAAACUGCUCAUAGAGCUGGGCUUAAUCUACCUGUGUAUACUACUAUAAGGUCAGGUCCUGGUCAUGUUCCCACAUUUACGUGUACUGUGGAGCUUGCUGGUAUGAGUUUUAAUGGUGAAUCGGCUAAAACAAAGAAACAAGCUGAGAAAAAUGCUGCUAUUUCCGCUUGGUCUGCUUUGAAAAGAAUGCCUAAUCUUAAUUCUUUAACAAGUAAAGAAGUUGCAUUAGAGGAGCAAGAUCAAGCAGUUGUGGCUAGGGUUCUAUCAAAUUUUAGAUCCAAAGAUGAAUAUAAAUUACAAGAAGCAAGAAAAAGAGAUUAUUACAGGAGAAAAAUGGUAAAAAGUUACAAAGAUCAUAGCUCAUCUUCCUCAAAUCUCAGUAAUUCUCCAAAUUAUAAGCUUUUAGAUCUGUUAUUGGAUUCUGCUACUGAAAAUUUAAACAAGAAACAAAGCUCAUCAUUUGUUUCUCUUCUUCCUCCUCCACCACCAAGAACAACUUCAAGAAUCUUGCCACCAGCUAAUCCAAUUCCUUAUAUUCAUCGUGAAACUCAAAUUCCGGUGGAAGAACAUCAAAAAGAUGAAGAAGAAUGGCUAGGAGAAGCUGCCAAGAAAAGUUUAAGUUCCAUUUACAGACAAUUUCCUCAUCAAGAAUCAAAACCAACCACUAUUAAUGAUCGGUUUUAUUCUUACCCGAGUCAUAGAAUUGCACCAGCAGUUCAAAUCAGGUCAGUCAUUCCAGUUUGUGCAGCGCCACCAGUACAGCUCAGGCCACCACCACCGCCGCCAUCAUUGUCAGUUAUUACUGCUACAAAUUCAAAGUCUAUUAAAACAGAAGCUGCAUCAUCACUAACGGUCAACGAGAGAGCUACAGCAAGACCAACUGAGUCAUCAACAUUAUCAAACGAAACUCAGCUGAGUUCUUCCGAGUUCGACAAGAAGCUGCAAUUAAUGGGUUGUCACCUAACUAGUAGUAGUAAUUAAUUAACACCAUGGUUUUGGUCUUAUUGACUCUAUGGUUAAAUUUUUGCACUAGUUACUGUUACGACUACCCAGUAGGUUAUGAAUGGAAAUGUUUUAAAAAAUUAACGUUUCAGACACAAAAUUUUAUUUUUUACACUAAUUUUUUUAAAAUAACACCGUUUUACACUGUC